AUGUCAAGCAGUAGAAACACCCACUGGUGCUACAGAUGCAGGAGAACAGUUCAUUUGAGAGGACGAGAUGCAGUUUGUCCGUACUGCAGUGGUGGAUUUGUUCAAGAACUUGAUGAAAUGGGGCAAAUCGGCCCUCUGGAUUACUUUGGACUCGGCAAUGAUGUCGAUCACGACCAUAGGUUCGGACUUAUGGAAGCCUUUUCAGCCCUUAUGAGGCAAAGACUAAACGAUCGAGGCCAUAGACAUGAAACGAGGCCCAGGUCGUCAGAUCCAGUUCCCGAACAGGGUCCUGGAUUUGGUCCCCUGCUGAUUUUUGGUGGCCAGAUCCCGUUUCGGCUAUCAGGGAAUGGCGGGUUCGACUCGCUUUUCCCUGGAGCCCCAGGAAUCGAGGUCGCGAGGGGAAAUGGUGGUGAUUAUUUCAUUGGUCCUGGGCUUGAAGAAUUGUUCGAGCAUCUCUCCACAAAUGAUAGGCGUGGGCCAGCACCAGCAGCUCGAUCAUCAAUUGAUGCAAUGCCAACAGUCAAGAUUACUCAAAGGCAUCUUCGAGGGUCUGAUUCUCACUGUCCAGUGUGCAAGGAUCAAUUUGAACUUGGAACUGACGCAAGACAGAUGCCUUGUAACCAUUUAUAUCACGCUGACUGCAUAGUUCCCUGGCUUGUACAGCAUAACUCGUGUCCUGUUUGCCGCCAGGAGCUUCCUUUGCAGGGAUCCUGUGGUAGCCGCAGUCAACCAGGCUCAUCAAGUUCAAGAAGCAGGACUAGUGGCAGAGAAGGAAGAAGGAACCCUUUCUCUUCUUUGUGGCCAUUCCGCACUUCUGGUUCCAGCUCUGGCCACAGCAGGGCAGCUACCGGAAGCAGCUCUGCAGCUAUGAAUGAAAACACUCAUCACCAGAUGGGUUAUUCAGGAUGGCCUUUUGACUAG